AUGAAGAGAGGAAGGAAGAGAACGAGAAGGACCAGAAGAAGGAGAGCGAGAACAAGGCCGAGCACAAAAGGAAAGAGGUCUUCGUUCUCGAACGGGGGUCGGCAAGGGGAAGAGGCACCAGUGUUUCCUCGCGGCUCGAAGUUGGGCUGUCCGUACCCUCUCGGAACGCGGUUUGCGCAGGCGCACCUGCACACCCGCGAGUUUCUUCUGCGCUAUUCUCUGCAUUUUCGCGCUUCCGCCAAAGAAAGUGGACAAGAGGCGGUUCUCGGAACGAAGACAAGUCGUCGCACGGGACGGCGCAGUGGCCGAGGCCGCCAAGAGCGCGAAUUCGCGGAGAGACGGACAGACAGAUGUCGCCUGAGACAGUGA